CGCUCAUUUUAGCGCAAAAACUCUAGUAAAAACACAACCAAUUUUUCAUUCAUGAACUACACCUAAAACAGAAUUUUCCAAUCACGGAUUCCAACUUCUCUCGAAUCCAAGAAUCUCAAUAUAAAUAAACACCAAAAACACCCCCAAAAUCCCCACCACCUCCAAAAAACACAUUGCAAGAAAUGUCUAUUUUCCGGCACAUAUUUUUGUGGACAAUCCUCAUUUUCUUGCACUUAGCAAAUGCUAAGGCUUGCAAUAACAAUGGGUGUUCACAAGUGCGAGGUUUCUUCAUAUUUGGAGAUUCAUUAGUAGACAAUGGCAAUAACAAUGGCAUGUUGACUCUAGCUAGGGCGGACUAUAGCCCCUAUGGGGUCGACUUUUCGGACGGUGCCACGGGACGUUUCACCAACGGCCGAACCUUUGUUGACGUGUUAGCUCAAUUGUUGGGGUUUCCUAACUACAUUCCUCCGUACGUCGAGGCUCGUGGCCGAGCCUUGCUGCAGGGAGUGAAUUAUGCCUCGGGGGCAUCUGGAAUACGAGAUGAAACGGGAAAUAAUUUGGGUGACCACUCCUCGAUGAACCAACAAGUCUCGAGCUUCGCCAAGACAGUGCGGCAGCUAAGGAGAUACUUCAAUGAAGACAACGACAGCCUAUGCAACUACCUAAGCAAAUGCAUCUUCUACUCAGGUUUAGGCAGCAACGACUAUCUCAACAACUACUUCAUGCGUGACUACUACUCAACCGGUGACCAAUACACUCCCGCAGCCUACGCAGCUUCCCUCAUUCACGACUACACCAAACAAUUAACGGACUUAUACAAUUUGGGGGCGAGGAAGGUGGUGGUGGCCGGAGUCGGACCAAUAGGCUGCAUACCGUAUCAGCUCGCGCGACUAGAUGGGAAUAACAGCCGAUGCAACGAGGAAAUCAACAGCGCGAUCUCCCUCUUCAACGCUGGCCUCAGAAGAGUCGUGGACCGGUUCAAUGGAGGCCGGUUUCCAGGCGCCAGAUUCGUGUAUCUCGACUCGUUUCAGAGCAGCCAAGAUUUGAUUGAGAAUGCAAGAACAUAUGGAUUUGAAGUGAUUGACGAGGGGUGUUGCGGCGUGGGGAAGAACAACGGGCAGAUCACGUGCCUUCCGCUUCAAAUGCCUUGCAACGAGCGCGGGAAGUACGUGUUCUGGGACGCUUUUCAUCCGACUGAGGCCGCGAACUUCAUUCUCGCCCGAAAAGCGUACGGUUCUAAGACGAGAUCGCAUGCGUACCCUAUGAAUAUACAACAGUUAGCCUCGCUCUAGCAACGGGAUCCAAGACCCCAACUUUUAGCGUAUUCCAAAAAAUAUGGAUAACCAUAUUUCACUUUCAAAUGUUGUAGUUUUCUGUAUUACUAUGUAAUAGCCAUUCCUUUUCCUUAUUAUAACUGUAAUUUUGAUGAUUUGUCGAUGAAAUGUGAACUAUUGUUUGUUGCAAUUAAAAUCUUAUUGGAAUAAAAAUAAAAUAAA